AUGCUGGGAUUGCAAGGAAGGAGAGGUUCGCAGUGGGCGGUGCCCCUCGGGGCGCUGCUGUACGCGCUGUUUGUGUUCGUGUUGCCCAUGGCGGCUCAUUCUGGCAGUGGGUCCCUCUUUGUUCGCGGUGCUGAUGCAGAGGACAGCUACGGCACUGUGAUUGGUAUUGAUUUGGGGACUACGUACUCGUGUGUCGCCGUGAUGAAGAACGGGAAGACGGAGAUCUUGGCGAACGAGCAGGGGAACAGAAUUACCCCAUCGUACGUCGCGUUUACCGAUGAUGAGAGACUCAUUGGUGACGCCGCGAAGAACCAAGUCGCUGCUAACCCUACUAACACUGUUUUCGAUAUUAAGAGACUGAUUGGGUUGAAGUUCGAUGACAGAUCUGUUCAAAAAGAUAUCAAGCAUUUACCCUUCUCUGUCGUAAAUAACAAGGGGAAACCCGCUGUAGAGGUUAAAGUGAAGGGUGAACUGAAACAAUUUUCCGCUGAAGAGAUCUCAGGGAUGAUCUUGGGGAAGAUGAAACAGAUCGCAGAGGAUUACUUGGGUAAGAAGGUCACUCACGCCGUGGUCACUGUACCAGCGUAUUUCAACGACGCUCAGAGACAGGCCACCAAAGAUGCGGGGACUAUCGCUGGUCUAAACGUUCUUCGGAUCGUCAACGAACCCACAGCGGCUGCGAUCGCUUACGGGUUGGACAAGAACGAGAAGGAACACCAGAUCAUCGUGUACGAUCUUGGUGGUGGGACCUUCGAUGUGUCUCUGUUGUCUAUUGAAAAUGGUGUAUUCGAAGUACAAGCCACUUCCGGUGAUACACACUUGGGGGGUGAGGAUUUCGAUUACAAGAUCGUUCGUCAAUUGAUCAAGACUUUCAAGAAGAAACAUGGCGUUGACGUCUCCGAUAACAACAAGGCUCUUGCCAAGUUGAAACGUGAGGCUGAGAAGGCUAAGCGUGCCCUGUCGAGUCAAAUGUCCACUAGAAUCGAAAUCGAUUCCUUCGUUGAUGGGAUUGAUCUAAGUGAAACUUUGACAAGAGCUAAAUUCGAAGAACUUAACUUGGACCUGUUCAAGAAGACUUUGAAGCCAGUACAGAAAGUACUUGAGGACGCUGGCUUAUCCAAGAAGGACAUAGAUGAUAUUGUGCUUGUUGGUGGGUCCACUAGAAUCCCCAAGGUGCAACAACUACUAGAAUCCUUCUUCGAUGGGAAAAAGACUUCAAAGGGGAUUAACCCUGAUGAGGCAGUCGCAUACGGUGCUGCCGUUCAAGCAGGUGUCCUCUCCGGUGAGGAAGGUGUCGAAGACAUUGUCCUGCUGGACGUUAACGCCUUGACUCUAGGUAUUGAAACGACAGGUGGUGUCAUGACCCCUCUGAUCAAGAGGAACACCGCUAUCCCAACAAAGAAAUCGCAGAUCUUCUCUACAGCGGUGGACAACCAACCAACAGUCAUGAUCCAAGUGUUUGAAGGUGAGAGAGCAAUGUCGAAGGAUAACAACUUGUUGGGGAAAUUCGAAUUGACAGGUAUCCCACCAGCACCAAGAGGUAUCCCACAGAUCGAGGUCACUUUCGCUUUGGAUGCUAACGGUAUCUUGACCGUCUCAGCGACGGAUAAGGGUACUGGUAAAUCCGAGUCCAUCACCAUCACGAACGACAAGGGUAGACUGACUCAAGAUGAGAUCGACAAGAUGGUCGAAGAGGCCGAGAAGUACGCCUCCGAGGACGAAGCAUUCAAGACUAAGGUCGAGUCCAGAAACAAACUUGAGAACUACGCACACUCGUUGAAGAACCAAUUGAACGCAGAACUCGGCGACAACCUCGAAGAGGAUGACAAAGAGACUCUGUUGGACGCUGUUAACGACACGCUCGAGUGGCUAGAGGACAACUUCGAUGCUGCCAUGGCGGAGGACUUCGACGAGAAGUACGAGGGUCUGUCCAAGGUUGCGUACCCAAUCACCUCCAAACUGUACGGCUCCGCUGGCGACGGCGCUCCCUUAGAGGACGAAGAGGAUGAGAACGACGAGGACGCUGACUACUUCGAACACGACGAAUUGUAA